AUGAAGCCAAUUCUAGGAGUUGGUGCGCUUCUCAAUCUCGGGGCCACUGUCAAAGGUCUCGUCUCCAGUCGAGCUGACUGGCCAAAUGGACCCCUGGUGACCUCUGGUCGCUGGAUUCACGAUGCGUCGGGAAAUAAUGUCACCUAUGCUGGUACCAACUGGCCCGGACACACCGAUGUCAUGAUCCCCGAAGGCCUGCAGUACCAGUCCAUUGAGACGAUCGUGCAGAAAGUGAAGAGUCUCGGAAUGAACGCGGUCCGCCUCACCUUCGCCAUCCAGAUGAUUGACGAGAUCUACGCCAACAACGGCAAGGAUAUCACCCUCGAAAGGGCCUUCGUGCAGGCCUUGGGACAGACCAACGGGAUCAAGGUGCUGAACCAGGUCCUGGCCAAUAAUCCCCAGUUCAACACCUCCACGACCCGCCUGCAAGUCUUUGACGCCGUGGCCGCGGAGCUCAACAAGCAGCAGAUCUACAUCCACCUGGACAAUCAUAUCUCCAAGGGCAUGUGGUGCUGCUCCAGCACUGACGGCAACAGCUGGUGGGGCGACACCUACUUUUCGACCGAAAACUGGGUGCGCGGGCUGUCCUACAUGGCCGAACAUGGCAAAUCCUGGCCGGCCCUGACCUCGAUCGGUCUGCGCAACGAGCCGCGGGAGCCGACCUCGAACCCUGCGCUCGCUCAGUCCUCGUAUAACUGGCAGUCCUGGUACAGGUACAUGCGGCAGGGCGCCGACGCGGUGCACGGCGCCAACCCGGACCUGCUGAUCUUCCUGUCCGGGCUGAACUUCGACACGUAUCUGACGCCCGUCGUGCGCGGGGAGCCGCUCGCGCCGGGCACGGACCGGUUCGACGUGGCCGACUUCGCCGCCGGGCCGGCCGGCAAGCUCGUGCUGGAGCUGCACAACUACGAGACCGGCGCGACCAGCUGCGACGCGCUGCGCGCGAACCUGGACCGCAACGGGUUCGAGGCGCUGCUGUCGCCGGACGACGCGGUGGCCAACGUGCUCCCCGUCGUCAUGACCGAGUUCGGGUUCCAGAUGGACGACCGCACCUGGCGCGGCGUCUACGCGAGCUGUCUGGCCCAGUACCUGCCCGAGCGCAAGGCCGGGUGGACCAUCUGGGUGCUGGCGGGGAGCUACUACGUACGGUCGGGCACGCAGGAUUAUGACGAAGGGUGGGGGUUGCUGAAUCACGACUGGAGCGACUGGCGGAGUCCGGGGUAUGUGGACGGAGCGUUGAAGGCCAUGGUGCGAGAGACGUUGAGUUGA